CAAAAAAUUGAUGAAACCGAAAAACAAAAACUAGAUCAAAAUCGUUUUGGUUCCGGUUAGUACUUUAGAAACCAACCUAAGAAUUAUCCAUAAACACCAACCCAUAAUAUAUAUUUUUGAUUAUUUAAGAUCUAAUAUAUACUAAAAAAAAAUAAUACAUGGAAGAAUGGCUAUACGACGUAGCGUACCCAGAUACGAAGAUUGAACCAUAAGCGAUGAAGCUCUGUUGAAUCGACGAAGUGAAGUGAGUCUCGUUUCUCUUAGGGAUUUUGUCUCGGCAUUUGGCAUCACAGCGCAGUGAGAAAUGGGGAGUGACUUGAAGACAUGGGUUUCAGACAGAUUGAUGUCCCUCUUGGGAUAUUCACAACCCACACUGGUUCAAUACCUAAUUAGUUUAUCUAAGAAAGCAUCAUCACCUUCUGAUAUAUUUAGUAACCUUAAGGAUAUGGGAGUGCCAUCUUCAAACGAAACACGUGCAUUUGCUGAAGAAAUCUUUCAGAAAGUUGAACAUAAGAGUUCUGGAUCAAAUCUUUAUAGGCAACAAGAAGAGGAGGCUGCAAUGUUAGCCAGGAAACAAAGGAGUUACAAACUUUUGGAGGGAGAUGAUGAUGAUGAUGAUAAGAAUGAUCAUGGUGGAUCUGUUUCUGUUGCCACUCAAUCGAAAAAGGUUGAUAAACAUGUGAAACGAUUCAGAAAGAAGAGUGAAAACCAAGAAGAUGAAGAUGAUGAUGAGGGAGCUGGAAUCUUGAAACAAGAAAGAAGGGUUAAACAAAAAGCUUCUCAUGACAAUUCAGAUGAGUCUGAGUCUGAAGAAGAAAGAUUACGUGACCAAAUAGAACGAGAGGAAUUGGAGCAACAUUUAAGGGAAAAAGAUGCAGCAAGAACAACAAAGCUGACUGAAAAGACAUUGUCCAAGAGGGAGGAAGAAGAGGCAAUUAGGAGAGCCAAUGCCUUGGAAGAUGAUGACAUUGGAGCUUUAAGAAAAGUUUCGAGGCAAGAAUAUCUCAAGAAAAGGGAGCAGAAGAAAUUGGAAGAAAUCAAAGAUGAUAUAGAAGAUGAACAAUAUUUAUUUGAGGGUGUCAAGCUAACUGAAGCUGAACAACGUGAGCUAAGAUACAAGAAGCAAAUAUAUGAUCUAGUUAAGAAGAGGUCUCAAGAGGAUGAUAAUGUUAAUGAGUAUCGUAUGCCUGAUGCUUAUGAUGAUGAAGGUGGAGUAAAUCAAGAGAGAAGAUUCUCUGUAGCUAUGGAACGCUACAGAGAUUCAAAAGAUGGAGAUAAGAUGAAUCCAUUUGCUGAACAAGAAGCAUGGGAGGAUCAUCAGAUUGGAAAAGCAACACUAAAAUAUGGAUCAAAGAACAAAAAGCAAGCUGAUGAUUAUAAUUAUGUGUUUGAGGAUCAGAUCGAGUUCAUACAGGGACAAGUCAUGGGUGGUGUAAAUGUUGAUGUUGAUGAAGUAAAUGAAGAGGAAUAUGAAAAAGCUGUAGCGAAAUCAGCACAUGAGAAGCUUCUUGCAGACAGAAAAACUUUACCUGUGUAUCCGUAUCGGGAAUCUUUGCUGAAAGCUGUUGAAGAUCAUCAGGUUCUUGUGAUUGUUGGAGAAACUGGUUCUGGGAAGACCACUCAGAUACCCCAAUAUCUACAUGAAGCUGGAUAUACAAAACGUGGAAUGAUAGGGUGCACACAGCCAAGACGAGUUGCUGCCAUGAGUGUUGCUGCUAGAGUUUCUCAAGAAAUGAAUGUCAAACUUGGGCAUGAGGUUGGCUAUUCUAUACGCUUUGAAGAUUGCACUUCUGAUAAAACAGUGCUCAAAUAUAUGACUGAUGGCAUGUUGCUACGAGAAUUUCUUGGUGAACCUGAUCUUCAGAGUUACAGUGUGGUGAUGGUGGACGAGGCUCACGAAAGGACAUUGUCAACAGACAUCUUGUUUGGUUUAGUUAAGGAUAUCGCUCGAUUCCGACCUGACCUCAAGCUGCUCAUCUCAAGUGCCACUUUAGAUGCAGAAAAAUUCAGUGACUAUUUCGAUUCAGCCCCAAUUUUCAAAAUUCCAGGAAGACGUUUUCCCGUUGAAAUAAACUACACAAAAGCACCAGAAGCUGAUUACCUUGACGCAGCAAUUGUCACAGCUCUUCAAAUCCACGUCACCCAGCCCCCAGGAGACGGGGACAUUUUGGUCUUUUUAACCGGCCAAGAAGAAAUCGAAACAGCCGAAGAGAUCCUCAAACACAGAACCCGUGGUUUAGGUAGCAAAAUAGCCGAACUAAUAAUCUGCCCAAUUUACGCAAAUCUCCCCACCGAACUCCAAGCCAAAAUCUUCGAACCAACUCCCGAAGGGGCCCGCAAAGUGGUUUUAGCCACCAACAUCGCCGAAACCUCACUAACAAUCGACGGAAUCAAAUACGUGAUCGACCCCGGAUUCGUGAAAAUGAAAUCCUACAACCCUCGAACCGGAAUGGAAUCCUUGCUCAUUACCCCGAUCUCAAAGGCAUCCGCGAAUCAACGGGCGGGUCGAUCCGGAAGAACGGGCCCCGGGAAGUGUUUCCGGUUGUACACCGCGUACAAUUACUUCAACGAUCUGGAUGACAACACUGUUCCCGAGAUCCAACGGACUAAUCUCGCGAAUGUUGUUUUGAGUUUAAAGAGUCUUGGAAUCCAUGACUUGUUGAAUUUUGAUUUCAUGGACCCACCUCCUGCUGAGGCGUUGUUGAAAGCUUUGGAGUUGUUGUUUGCUUUGAGCGCGCUUAAUAAACAUGGGGAGUUGACUAAAAUCGGGAGAAAAAUGGCGGAGUUUCCACUUGAUCCCAUGUUGUCUAAAAUGAUUGUGGCGUCUGAUAAGUAUAAAUGUUCGGAUGAGAUUAUUUCCAUUGCUGCUAUGUUGUCUAUUGGAAGCUCUAUUUUUUAUCGCCCUAAGGAUAAACAAGUUCAUGCUGAUAAUGCAAGAUUGAAUUUUCAUAUGGGUAAUGUUGGGGAUCAUGUCGCGUUGCUUAAGGUUUAUAGUUCGUGGAAGGAAACGAACUUCUCUACUCAGUGGUGUUAUGAGAAUUACAUUCAGGUGAGGAGUAUGAAAAGGGCACGGGAUAUUAGAGAUCAACUGGAGGGGUUAUUGGAAAGGGUUGAAAUUGAAAUAGUGUCGAACCCCGGGGACUUGGAAGCAAUUAAGAAAUCUAUAACUUCUGGAUACUUCCCACACUCGGCCAAGAUGCAAAAGAAUGGAUCGUAUAGAACUGUUAAACAUCCGCAGACUGUUUAUAUUCACCCCAGCUCUGGUUUAUCUCAGGUACUUCCUAGGUGGGUGGUAUACCAUGAACUGGUUCUGACAACUAAGGAGUACAUGCGACAGGUCAGCGAGUUGAAACCUGAGUGGCUUGUGGAAAUAGCGCCUCAUUAUUAUCAACUAAAAGAUGUUGAAGAUUUGGCUUCAAAGAAAAUGCCACGUGGGGAAGGACGUGCAUCUAAAGAUUAAACCUGAUUUGCAGUAGGAAAGAUAGGAGAUAGAAAGGAAGCUUUACUGUAAAUAGAAUUUUGUAAAUCCUGAAGGUGAUGAGACAGACUGACGUAGCCUAGGUGCUAUUAUUGUUCUUGCUUGUAUACACAAUACAAGAAGAUUUUGAUUAUUAUGGGAGUGAUUAUUAUGGGAGUAUGGUGACGCUGUCUAUUUAUGCACAUUGAGAUUAUGUGGACUCUUAAUAACUUUUGAU